AUGGCGACGAAAGUACAAAAGAUCAUGACCCAACCCAUCAACCUGAUGUUUCGCUUCUUACAGAGCAAACAAAAGGUGCAGAUUUGGCUCUACGACCAGGCGGACUUGCGAGUAGAGGGCCGCAUCAUUGGCUUCGACGAAUACAUGAACUUGGUGCUGGAUGAGGCAGAGGAGGUGUCCAUGAAGCGCAAGAACCGCAAGACGUUGGGGCGGAUCUUGUUGAAGGGCGACAACAUUACGCUUAUACAGACAACGGGACGAUAA